CAGCGCGUGAUCUGAUUCUUCGCCUCGUUGCUGUGGAACAAUAAUAUAAAUGGUUCGACGAACACCGCUUUCAUCCUUGGAAACUUAGCGACACGAUGGCGUUUGAAGGUGCUAUGUAGCUCACGCAUAAUAAAGUGAGCGGACGAAGUCGAAUUCGUGUAGUGUGCGAGACGUAUUGCAACAUGUGGCGUAAUGGCGUCAGCUUCUUUGGAAGAGGGAUUUUAGGUCGGCGACGGCUUACCUUCAUUGUCGGGGUCAUUAGUAUUCCUCUCACAGGCUGUUUGCUGCUAUUGUUUUCCUCUAAGAAUGGAGGUUUUCAGCGUCGUGUUAGUACUACUCCGUGCAAUUGUCCAUGUGCGAGCAGUCAACAAUCAGAACCGAAAGCGAACGGUGAAAAACCUAUAGCGGACGAACAAAUUGCAUUGUCAACAUUUACACGGGAACUGAAUAGUGGAUAUGUCCCUUCGACUAUUGGCUCUCUGAAUCUUCAUAUUUGGUCUGGAGUAUGCGGCACGAAAGUCGAUAAUUUACGAAAGUGGCCUCAUUUUCCUUAUCACCCACACAGGCGCUUAUCUGUAUCUGCAUUUCAUUUUACUGAAAAUCCCGCUUCACAAUCCACCGGAUACAGAUUCUUUGGAUUCGUCCAUCCGAGGGAAAGCGGCGUGUACAAGUUUGCCAUAUCAUCCGAUGACACUUCUGAAUUAUGGUUGAGUGCAAAUGAGGACCCUGCUUCAAGUAAGUUGAUUGCUCGUGUUUAUUCUCCCACAGAAUCUGCUUGGACUUCAGAUGGAGACUACAAAAAGUACGCGGAGCAAAUAUCUAAGGAGGUCACCCUUCACACCGGUAAAAAAUAUUACAUUGAGUCUUUACUUAAACAGGAAGCUGGGGCAGUUCAUUUGGCUGUGUAUUGGUCUCGUAAUUCAAAGUUUGAAAUUAUAACCUCGGAUUACUUGACGAGCUUUGUUGAACAUAGCUUUGAUGAUAUUCCCCUACACGCGGGUAAACAAAAUAGCUUGAUACUCGAAAACAAAAGGAAGUUGUUUUACUUUCAUCGUCUUCCUCUCAUUGACCGCGCUCAAUUUAGUGGCGUUUUGCCGACCUGUUCUUAUAGCCCGAGCUUUCUGGUGCGUGAGAAACUAGUGAAGUACCAAAGUGUUUGGUUGCAACGUGAGUCAAACGUGUACCCGCAAGAUGAUUCGGUAAUGACCGAGGCAGCCUUGACUAACGAAUGGACGCAUUCUAAUAAAGUUGCAAAGAAGGAUCGAGUAAUAGCUGUCGUAGACGAGUUGAUGAAAUCUUUACCGUCCGGGUAAGUUAACCGUAUUUUAACUUGUUUGUAGUAGUAUCGGUUGUUUGGUGCAGAGUCACCUCAAUAUUCGAUAUUUGGGGAUAGAUAAGUAGCUUGCUCUUGGCAACCAUAGACACCAUUUUAUAACAGAUGAUUGUGUAUAACCACAAGGGACAAAUUUGGAAGCAAGUACGCGGAUCGCAAAAUGUUGACGCAUAUGCGAGUCAGAGCUCAGUUUCCCAUACAGUCCUUUUAAUAUCGGUGCUCUGUGAUAUUAACCCUUAACACUCUUACAUCAGAAAAGGUAUUCUCCAUGCUAUUCUCUAUACAUUUCCUAAGGUGCUAACAAGGAUAAUUUGUGCAACAAUCAAAAGCUCUAUUAGCUGCUGGUAAUUUUCUUUGUUCUCGUGACUUUAGUUUUUGAUUCAGGGGUGAUGUUGUCAGGCGAAAUUAGAUAAACGUGACUCUAAGGUUAAAGGGUUAAUGGUGACAUUUCGUCUUUUCGAUGUGUUUUCCUCUUCUUUUUAUGUCGACAUUUCUAUUUAUUUAAAGAAGUUAACUACAAACCAAUCGGUGAUGUUUUUAGCUUUUCAUUAAUGUCUAGUAACAAUAUAUGGACAAGUGAAAGUUCUCAUGGCAACCAGGUUGAUGCCAUGAGAACUAUUUGAUGCUACUCUGAUUCAAAGAUUAAAUGUAUGUAACCGGGAAGUUACAAUUCAUAGACCCAACUUUUCGAAACUCCUGUCUAGUGCCUUCAUCAGGGGUGAUCUAGUCGCUGCAACAAGCGGUCCUUUGUCUUCCAGACAAAGGCGCUGGUGGUAACGUCAAAUAAUGGUAAUUAGUUUAGACUUAUCCCACCCAAUUGUACGGUUGGUUGGGCAUGUGUGCUCCGACAGAGCUGAAUUUUCUUCUUUGCAAAAGAAGAUCGCUUUUUGAUGCUCUUCCAAACGUGCACCAAACUGACAAUUGGUUAGUCCGAUAUACUCGUGAUCAAAGUCAUUGCACGGAAUAGAAUAAAUAGCUUCGGUUCGUUUUUCUUUCGUGACAGGAUUCUUUCGCAGGUGAAUAAUAUUCACAAUGUCUCACUCAUGAGUUCUGAAGAGGGUGUGAAUAUCUCGAAUGAAUGAAUUGAAUGAUUCUCUUUUUACUUUCGAAACACUUCAGAUUCGAAAUGAACUCCCCUAGAGGGCCACUACGCAUCGUUAUGUUUUUUUCAUCAAAAAAUGUCGCCACGAUAUCAACAAACUUAAAUUCAAUCGUAACACCAAAUUUUCCAAACUUUCUUCGGAAAAGUGGUCGGCACUAAAUUUGGUUCAAACGUCGCACUUCACAUGUGCAGAAUAUAACUCAAGAAUUAACUGCAUGCAUAUGUGAAAUUCGACGUUUAAAUCAAUUAAAUUCGACAGUUUCGAAUUAAAUUCCACUUACUUAUAAUCUGCGACUAAAAUAAGAGUUAUAUUCGGCACGUAUGUAAUGCGAAUUUUGAACCGGGCCUAGGAAAACGCAAAGACACAGUAUUUAAAGCGGCCGAUAAAGGCGGCGCAGUCGUUGUUUGGUGAGUCGACCUCUACCAAAAAGAUGCCUUGCGGCAACUUUCUGACACCUCCUUUUAUGCGUGUAUUUAAUUUUUACCUAAAAUCCACGAACCUAACAACCCAAGUCGGCACCUAUCGUCAAAACUUUAUCAUCUUACACACAGCCUACAUGCACUUGAAAUUUUUCGUGACUUUUAUUUCCAUGGUCAGAACAAACUUAUUUUCACUAUGCAUAUCACUUCUUUUUAUACUGUUAUUCCCAGUGACGAAGGUAUUGCAAAAAGUUAUACAUUGGUGAAACAGGAAGACGACUAGCUGACCGAUUCCGCGAACACCUUCGCGACGUAGAAAGAAUUGACAAGGAUUAAUCCAAACCAGUCGCUAGACACUUUAAUCAGCCUUUCCCUAGAUUUAGGCGGUUCGAAAAGCCGUAAAACUCUAGAACAAAAAUUCACCUUUCAAAUCGGCACUCUUAGUCCUCACGGUAUCAACGAGCGCCUUUCGUUCAGCUAAUUUCUUCUUGUUUUCUCGUCACCAUAUUUCCACCAAUAGCGUGGCUCCAUUUUCUGCCAAUAAAUCCACACACAACCCACAAUUCCUCCAAUCGCUCUGACGAAGGGCUACCGCUCGAAACGUCAGCCUUUAAACUCUUUACGGUGGCUAAUUUACGUUAUCAACUCAGUUGAUAACACUGACUUACCCUCUUAAAUAUUAAGCUGUGUAGAAUUUGCAUAAAGGGGUAAGUUUCUAAAGAAACUGUGGUGCUGCGUCGGUGAGAGAGUAUAGCAGGUAAUUUAGUGUUAACAACUGGGUUGAAAACGUAAAUUAGCCACCGUAAAGAGUAAAAAAGCUGACGUUUCGAGCGUUAGCCCUUUGUCAGAGCGAUUGGAGUAAUUGUGGGUUGUGUGUGGGUUUAUUGGCAGAAAAUGGAGCCACGCUAUUGGUGGAAAUAUGGUGACGAGAAAACAAGAAGAAAUUAGCUGAACGAAAAGCGCUCGCGAUUGGCGAAGGGCUAACGCUCGAAACGUCAGCUUUUUUACUCUUUACGGUGGCUAAUUUACGUUUUCAACCCAGUUGUUAACACUAAAUUACCUGCUAGAAUUUGCAUAUGUCGUGAGGUUAGCAAACAAAACCUGUUCCAUGUCUUUUCAAAUUCAAAUCUUACUGCGUGAUGUGUGGGAGUGAUCGAGUUUUUUUCUGUAAUUGUCUUUGAUCUGUUCUCUUAUAGCCUCAACGUCAAACUCAUUUAAUUUUAUCCUAAGCUGUUUUGUUAACGAAUAAUAUUGUUCGAUCUCACGCAAAAUCUAGUCCAAUUCGACAUCAGAGGUUGAUCCAUCUUUCAUUGCUUUUGAAAACAACCUGCUGACUGAUAGGUGCUUUGGCUCAGCAACUAAAAUUGUUUUAUCCUGUUUCGGGAUUUUGGAAUUAAGUUUUUUGCUCUUUACAGUAAAUGCUAUUGAUAUGGAACCAAACAAAGCAGCGAGACCUGCUAAAGGAGGUCCUGCAAUUAUCUCAAUUCCACUCAGAGCACCUGCCAGACCGCUUGAUGACGAAACGGCAGCAAUGACACCAGUCACAGUGGAUGUUGUGUGACAGAUGCGUUUUACUUUUCAAUACUUAUUUUUAGUUCCCCAUUGAAUAGGUUUUCAUCCUUGUCCAGAACAUCGCAGUGGACAAGAUAAGGGUUGAAUGAAGUAAAUUGGCUGACGAGAUUUUUCUCUUGCGAACGCUGAUCUAUCCCGUGGAGUCAAGGAAGAUCUCUAUACCAUGAAUUGAAGAGAGAACAAGUCAAAAGUCUGAUAUAGUUUUAUUUACCGAGAGGUUCUCUGAAGCGAACCGUGUAAUCAUUUGAAUCUGCGAUAAUUGUCAAAACAACCAUUUUGAUUAUGAAACUAAUAAAAACGAUUGAGUGGCUAAGAACAAAUGAAGCGAAUACAAUUGCAGAUAAAGCAAAGACAAAAGCCUGGAAUGAUUUAAAAGCACGAUAUCCAAAUGCAGACCUGAGCAAGUUCAGAGCGCAAGUGUCGUGCGAUGAUAAAAGACACGCAACAACUGAAGUUUGCUUAAAUCGAUCAGAUGGAGUUCAGUCGAGCGUCUCAAGAUCAGACAGAAGAUAUUGCGAUGAUGGCAUGAAGAAGGCUCUUGGAAUUGGAGGUUUUCCCCUCGAACUCACUCUGAAUCGAAUAGGAAAGAAGGAGGUCCCAGCAGUUCCAUUUCAUGAGAAUGCAAAUAGUCGUUUGCAUGAGGAGAUUAGGAUCUUUGCUUGCCCAAAUUGAUACUUCAAUGCAAAUUUCAGAGGAAUAUUCACAUGAACGAAAAUUCAGCUUUCUUCAGGUGCAGAAUCAGAGAUGGCUCGUGAUGCCAAAUACGAGCUAUUGGCCUCAACAGCUCAACUUCGCAGUAUGGUGCGCAACGACAGGUUGCGGAAUAUCUCGUGGUUGAGGAUGCGAACAGAAAGCCAGACAUUUCGAAGAGCGUUCAAAGGUUUCAGCUUGCGAUUGAUGAGGCAAAAGUCUGGCUUGAUCUGGCAGUCUUACCAGGCACUUGGCUUAUGCCCUCAAAUCUUCUUAACAGACAGAGUACGGUCGGGUAUAAACAACAGCCUGAUGAAGGCAACUACUGAAACGAAGCUCGGAGUCAACAAAUCAGCGAAUUUGGAGAUGAAAUCAGUCGGAGUAAGGCACAAGAAUGGGGGCUCAUCAAAAAUCAAGCCUUCAGCCCAUCCGCGAGGUGGUCACCCUUCAAUUAAAGUAAUGCGACUUCAACUGAACUUCAGGUGAAGACAAAAUCAUCAACAGGUGAAAAGCGAAGCUCUUCUAGCGACAGCGAGACAAAGCAUGAUAUGGUAAAGGUCGGAUUGAUUUUAGCUGGACUGGUCUCGGCCUUCUUGGUUCAUCGCUUGUUCUUCUGAAAGCGCUCAACCAUGAAUAUGGCGACUCCCAAUUUCAGAGGCCAUGCAUUUCGUCCGAGGAAGCUGAUCACUGAUCCAGCAGUCUUGAAAAUGAAGCCGACUAUUGAACCGAUGAGACCUGGGAGAAUUCCCGCGAUCUUACUUGCAAGAGUCUUGAGCCCAUCCCCAACUCCUUUGGCAACAGACUUCAGACCUCUUGUGAGUGCACUCAUAUUCACUCCAAUCGUUAUUGCGACUGCCAGGACAACAGCUGAGACUGUGAAACCAUACUUAUAAUAAUAAUAAUAAUAAUAAUAAUAAUAAUAAUAAUAAUAAUGAUAAUAAUAAUAAUAAUAAUAAUGAUAAUAAUAAUAAUAAUAAUAAUAAUAAUAAUAAUAAUAAUAAUAAUAAUAAUAAUAAUAAUAAUAAUUUAUUGACUUCCAAGGCGCAAAUUCUAUUUAUAUAUAUUCAAAUGCGCCGCAAUAUACUAAUUACAAUAACUUAAAGAUAAAAUAAAAAUAAUAAUAAUAAUGAUAAUUGGAAUACAAAAUAACAAUUAAAUGCGAUUCAUAAUAAAUAAGAUAUAUAACAUAUAACUAACUAUAACUUGAAAUGUUCUAUUUAAAACUUUAUCAAUGAAUAAAUAAUCAUGAAAACUUUAUCAAUUACAAAAUUCUUUCUUAAAAAGAAACGUCUUAAGCUUCGAUUUAAAACUAUUAAUAGAACUAGAUUCUCUUAUAUCCCUUGGUAAAUUACUCCAUAGCUUAGGUGCCGCAAAUUGAAAGAUGCCGGCGACUAACGAAAUUACAAGUUAACACGAAAAUCAAAUAACACCUAAAAAAACAAUUUUAGCUACCGAUUUUCAGUGAAUUUUUAAAGAACAAUUUUCUUUUAAGUUUCAAGACAAUUUGAAGAUUCAAAAUACAUAUUACGUACUGAAAUGCGAAAGUUAUACACCACAAAAUUGAUAAAUAGGCCUGACAUGAAAUUCUAUCUUGUUAUUGAUUAUACGUUGCCUAGCAUGUGACUAGAAUCUACCCAGGCGGAGAUCCAAAAUGACGGUGGCAGUCUUGGCUUAGUUAUAUCACUCGAAACUCGUUCCCGUUUGUCUCAUUUCAUAAAGAGGGAAUCGUUAAUGUUUUCAUUAAGACAGUAUUGCCUUGAUUUUCUAAUAUUUACAAUGAUAGACAGUAAAUUUCACUUUUCACCCACAUUUACUUCCAACCUUUUCUUUUAAAACAGAAAUGAUAUACGUUUUAAAAACAUGACAUCAUCCACCCUUGUCAAAUACAAUAGCAUGAUCAUUUCAAUUCUAAUGCCUUCUUAUCCCAACGUUACUUUGUUUCUUUGCUACAUUAGCGAACACUGGAUUACUGCUCGUACUCCAGAUAUGACAAUCAACCACAAAAUUCCCUAAACCAGAUAACAUUAAAUAUAACCCAAAAAAUCAUGGGUCAAUUCACGAGCUUGCUCACAGAGCACUUAGAUUUACUUUCAAGAGUGCGGUUUCAGUACUGUGAAACUUUCUGUACGAAGACUAUAACACUGGAAAUAAAUCAUUCGCUACCAAGUGAUGAUGGAGUUGUUUAGCAACUGCACUUUCAGCAAGUUUGGACUCAAACUGUAAAUUACUGAUAGGCCUAUAAUUUUUAAAUAUAGAUUCCAAACCAUCUUUCUUGAGCAAAGGCAGAACCAAAGCAUUUUUCCAUAAAGAGGAAAGGUCACCGUUUUCUAAGGAGUAAUCGAUCAUCUUAAUGAUGAUUGGAAGGAGAACAUCUAAACAGUCCAACAAUAGCUUCAUGGGAAUUGGAUCUAAGCCGCAAGACUUCUUACUGGCUGCUCGAACCAGGUCGUGCACUUCUUCUUGAGACAGAGAACUAAACUUGAAGAGUAGAGAAUCAAUUUCGAUGUCAUGAGAAACGCGGUCUGUGGAAGCUUGUUGUUUAUCAUGAUUAUCAAGGUCUAAACGAAUAUCGGCGAUUUUCUUAAUUAAAAACAUACCCAUCUCAUUAGCUAAUUUCUGUUUAUUUUCAUGCGGUGGCAAAACUGGGGUACCUGUGACGUUCAAGAGUUUCUUUCUUACUUUAAACAGAUGUUUUUGAUCGUGGCUAUUUUCUGCUAUGAGAGUACUAUAAUAGACCCGCCUAGCCUCAUUCAUAAGAAAAGUCACAUGGUUCCUUUUCUCUUAAAACCAGCUAGAUCAGACUGACAUUUCGAAGAUCUCCAUUUUCUCUCUGCUUUUCGACGUUGACGCUUAGCUUCUAUGAUAUUACCGCUCAUCCAAGGAGUGCUGGGACGAGCGAACACUCUUUUUGAUGUCAUCGGUGCAUGACGAUCCAAAAUGGAGCGCAUACAGUUGUUUUACAGCUCCGCAACUUCAUUACAAUCAUUUGAAGUGAUGUUGCACAAAUCACUACUAGCAAUAUCGUUUUUAAAAGCAACUAAAUCCAGGGACUUGAGCUUCCUGAAACUGAUCUGUUUAACAGUAGCCAGUACUUUCGUAACAUUAAGACAGCACAAAAUAGAGCAAUGAUCGUAAAGAAAGCUAUCCGGGGAAGGUGUACCUUUAAUGAUAUUGUCAGAGCUACGAGUAAUUAUCAGAUCCAAAAUAUGUCCUAUUACGGGCACAGGUGAUUUUACAUGUUGAGUAAGACACAACGAUUCCAAUAGAUCCGCAAACGCAAUGGUAUCUGCAUUAUCACUGACAUCAAGAUGAACAUUAAAACCGCCGCCGCGUUAGCUCAAUUGGGAGAGCGCCGGACUGCUGUGCGGGAGGUCGAGAGUUCAAUACCGGCCGGACCAACACUCAGGGUCUUAAAAUUAACUGAGAAGAAUAUGCUUCCUUUCUCAACAUCAAGAAAUGGUUAGAUAUUCUAGUCUUCUCGGAUAGGGACGAAUAAAUGGAGGUCCCGUCUCCUGCAGGGUUAGGGGUAGGAGACGUUAAUUUCCCACGCACGAGAUUACUGUGUGAUGGAUGUCCUCCCCUGGGGUGGGAUGGGGGGGAAAAGGUGAGGUCGUUACAUGGACUAAAGCGGCUGCCAGAGGCGCCUGAUUAUGCUGACGUCCGAUCUCAACCUUAGUAAAAAUUGUAAGCGCAUUGAGAUUCUUAAAUGCGUAUUAAAGAACGUUCAUUAUUAUUAUUAUUAUUAUUAACAUUGAAGUCACCAGAUAUGCAAAUUGGCACUUUAGAUAGCACCAAUAAUUCCAGGUAUUCACUAAAUUUAGGAAAAAAAAGUACUUGAAGUAACAGGGUGGGCAGCAGAAUACGGUGAUCUGUACACAAGUAAACCAUCAAUCAUACAUUCAGAAAACUCAAAAGAAGUCUUUUCACUGGCGGACAGUCGACGUACGUUGAGACUCUCUCCACAUAAAAGUGCAGUACCAGCCCUCUACGUUCAGUGCGAGGACAAUGAAACAAUCUGUACCCAUUAGGAGGGCUCUUUGCAGACUGCAGCAUCAUUCUGGUUUAACCAUGUCUCAGUAAUAGCAAAAAUAUCAGCUUUGCAAUCUUGAACCAUAAUCACAAAAGGAUGCAGAUUUAUUUCUCAGAGAACGAGCGUUCAACAAACAAAAGUUCAGAUUAGAGGAACGAUGAUUAACUUGAUUAGUGUCGGGACCAGGAUUUAACUCGAAAAGAAUGUCUCCAAUCAACGGGCGGAAUGUUGCAUACGCAUUAGAAUAAUACAAACAAGGUCUUUUAGAUCUUCUUUUUACCAGAACUGGAUGGAAAAAUAAUAAUAAAUUAUAAUAAUAAUGGUUUAUUAGUACUCCACAUGGUGGCUCUUCUGUACUAAUUCACUAAAAAAUUAUACAAUUGAUAAAAUAUGCAUUAUGGAUAUAAUAAAAUAAUAUAAUGGUUGAAAUAAAUAUACGGAUAAAUAAAUAACGUGCAACAAGAUGUAUAAUUACAUAAAUAAUAUAUAAAUAAUAUAUAUAUACAUAAGUUAUGGAUAUUUUAUGUAAAAUUGUAUAGUAUUGAUGAUGUAAAAUUUAUGGACAUUAUAGAUACGCGCGUAUGAAAGUAAAACUGGCAUGAGACAUAAAGUAUGUACAGGAUAUGUAAGUGGGACUAGGAACUACUUGUUGCCAAUGUUAAAAAAUGAUUUCUGCAUUUAUUGUCGAAUACUUUGAGUUCUUUACAAUUUUUAAUGUCUUGGGGUAGACUGUUAAAUAGCAUCGCAGCAGAAUCUUGUAGUGUUCCAGGAACAGUCGAUGGUUCAAGGUGACGCUCACAAGAAGAUCUUAGAGCUCUUGCCGAUUUAUAUUCGACCAGUUUGAGGCAGGUUGGCCAGCAGUUUUGGUAUAAAGCCUUGCAUAUCGUCCUAGUUAUGUGAUAGUCUCGACGAUAACUAAUGGGCAGCCAUCCCACUUUCAAAACGUCCGACAUUUCCGCAUAGUGAUUGUAAACAAAACUUGCCGCGGCAAUUUGGACACGUUGGAGUCUCUGCGUCAGAUACUUAGGAAUGGGAUGACCGACUAUAUCGUUGUACUCGAUUAAUGACACCACAAGGCUCUCUGCCAGACGUUUCCUGACAUGAAAAGGGGCAAGAUUCUUGAGUUUCUUGAUAACAGCAAGAGUAUUGUAGCACUUUGAUAUUUUGGAAAGAAUGUCAUCGUUCCAUUUCAGGUUUUUGGUCGAUUUCUGUGCCAAGUAAUCGAGUGGUUUUGAUUCGUUCUAAUUUAGCACCGUUUGCAUGCAGGUUGAUCGGGUAUUCAUCAAGCUUACGCACACGAGCCAGUUGUUGAGUCGAGAACAGCAUCACCUUUGUCUUAUCAGUAUUCAAACGAAGAUUGCACUCACUUGACCAAGUUGAAAGCUGAUCCAAGGCAUGUUGUAAUUGGUCUUCACACUGCUUAAUAUUUGCAGGUUUGCUGUGCGCGUAGAUGGUUGUGUCGUCAGCGUACUGGUGUGAUGUUACGGACGCCUCCAGACUAUCUGACAAGUCAUUGACAUAAAGAUUGAAGAUGACGGGCCCAAAUAUGGAACCCUGGGGGACACCGAAGGCCAUCUCAAUGGUACUUGGAAGUUUGUCAUCUAUCUAAACAAACUGCUUUCUCUCGGUAAGAUAGCUAGUGACCCAUCUGAGGUACGAUUUGGAGAAACCAACCUUGUGCAUCUUUUUAACACAGUUGCAUAGGCAACUGUGUCAAAUUCCCUCGAGAAAUAGGCCAAAAUAGCCAUGGUUACCUCGCCACGUUUCAUUGAGUGUAAAAUAUUGUCCCUCGUAGCAAGAAGAACAGUGGUGGACUGUGUCCUUUUCUAUACGCUCCAAGUGAUUCUUUAAAAAUACCAUCAUGGCCAAAGAAUAGAAAAUUAACCAUCUGACGUAAUACAAGACGCUCAUAUUCUUUGGACAGAACAGGAAGGAUCGAAAUAGGGCGGAGGUCGCUGUUGGACUUGAUCUCUUUAACUUUUGGAAUUGCGCUAAUUCUGGCUGUUUUCCAGGCGGAUGGAAAUGUUAUAUUGUCAAUGCAGUUGUUCAGUGUGUGAGUUAACGACGGAGUAAGUUGUUCAGCAGCCAUCUUGAGGAACUUGACUGGAAUGCUAUCUGGACCAUAUGAACAGUCAUUUCUUAGUCUCUUUAACUCCGACAGAACUUAUUUGCAAGUGACUUUACGAAGGUGAAAUGAAUUGCCUUCAUCUUCAGGAAGAGAGUCUAUCAGCUUCCAUAGUUCGUCGGUGCCGUAUCUUGCCAUAUCUCUUUAAGUUUGGAAGAAGACAGUGCUUUUUGACAGAAUUCGCGCUUAGUUUUCUUGACCUUAGACUUUAGUUCAUUUCUCAUAUCUCGAUAACGGGUCCAAGUGACUUCAUCUUUACUUACCCGGGCGGAAGUCUGAAGAGAUAGACAGUCUUUUUGAAGUUGUUAUUUGUUUAUCCAAGUCCUUCAUCCAAGGCGCAGGAGGACGUGUGAGUUUAGUGUGUUUUAAGGGCGCAUGGCGGUCGAUGCAUUCGCGGAUAAGGGAGCUUAAAAGAUCAACUUGCAUGUCAGGAUCGUCGGUUGAAUACACGAUACUUAGGGGCAGCUGUUCAAAGUCCUCAAUGAAAGCAUCAGCGUUAAAGUUCUUUUCGUUUCGGAUAAAUUUAUACCUUGGGACAAAUCUAGUGAUGCGAACGUUGAUACAAACGUAACGUGCGUCAUGAUCACUGAUCAUAAGAGAUGAAAUGACAUCAGUGUGAGUUACCUGGUUAGGUAUGUUCGUGAUGAUAUGGUCAAUGAGGGUUGAUGAAUGUUGAGUAGUACGUGUUGGCUUAGAUACCAACUGCUGCAGACUCAUGGUUUUAAGAAUAUCACUGUACCCCUUAGUUGCAUGGAUAUCUGGUCGCUGAAGGUCGGCAUUUAAAUCGCAAGUCAGGAGCAGUGUGCCGUCCCAAGGACAAUACGCUGGUACUUCACUAGCCAAGACAACAAUGCGUUGAAGACAACAAUACUUGUUGAAGAUGUUUCUUACUCUCACUCAUUUCACGGAGUGAAGUGCCUUCUUCAAGUUCUUCUCUCUUAUCAUCAAUCAUUAUGAUCAUCAAUGUUCCAAGGAAGUCAAUGAAGGGACUUCUUUUUUUUAAUUACCAAUUAAGUUUUACAGUCAAGAAAUGGAGACAAUUGUGGAAAGAGGUCUUAAGAAGAUUUGAAAAGGAAAACAGCGCGAUAAAUGCAACAGACUUUUAUGCUGGAGACAGAUUCGCUCUAUUCAUCGAUCUCAGGAAAUGAGACAGUCAGGAUCGAGAUGCCAGAUAAGGAAAGCAUAAUCAAAUUCAAAAAUCGCAACCGCUAAAUGAGAGUACCCUUUGUGAUUUAUGUUGAUUUUGAUGCUUGUACUAAACCAAUAAAUAAUUGUGAGCCAAGUAGUGAUGAUAGUUUCACUAGUCAGUAUCAAAAGCAAAAACCAUGUGUGUUCUGCGACCACAUUGUCUGCUUCGAUAAUGAGCUAUAUUCUCAAGAGCCAGUAAAGAGUGAGGAUGAAGAUGUUGCUCAAUUAUUUGUUGAAAUGCUUAAAGAAAGCAUCAAAAAUAUUCAUAAGGAAUUCAACUUUGCCACGGAUGAAGAUAGGCGUGAUUUCAACAAUGCUUUACACUGCUGGAUUUGUAAGGGUUCUCCCAAUGAAGACCGCUACGCGGCCCGGCCGAAGGCAGACAAAGCGAGGGACCACUGCCAUUUCACAGGGAAGUAUCGUGGAGCAGCUCACUAUAUAUGCAGCCUACAAUUCGAAAAGCUGAAGUUCACUCCUGUCAUCUUUCACAACUUGGCUGCUUCUGACUCUCAUCUAUUGGUUAAGAAUCUCGGCAAAAGCGGAGGAAACAUCAAAUGUAUUCCCAAUAAUGAGGAAAAGUACAUCAGCUUCAGCAAAGAUGUUAUGAUUGCGAAUUUCAGUAACAAAUAAGGCAAAGAAGUUAAAAUGAAGCAUGCGUUCGUUUUAUCGACAGCUUCAAGUUCAUGGCUUGUUCCCCUUGAUAAAUUAGUUUCAAAAUUGAGUUUCGAGAAGCCGAAGGAAAGUGAUAGGUAUCCAAGGAAAAAAUCGAGUUGGUCUCAAGAAAGGGUGUGUACCCAUAUGGUUACAUGAAUAGCAUUGAAACGUUCGAUGAAAUAACUUUACCUCCAAAGGAAAAAUUCUACUUUCAGCUGAAUGAUUGUGGAAUUUUGGACAAAGAUUAUGAGCACGCGCAGAAGGUCUGGAAAGAGUUUAAAAUGAAGACGAUGGGUGAUUACCAUGACCUUUAUCUCAAGACAGACGUUCUCUUGCUUGCAGAUGUAUUUGAAGAGUUCAGAAGUAUUUGUCUUGAGAAGUAUUUGUCUUGAGAAUUAUAGCUUAGAGAAAUGGCAAAGCAUGAUGUGAGGAUAACAAUAGGGAAUGUGAACGUUCACAGAGAUCAGGGAAUCGUCGAGCGAUUUAAUCGAACUUUGGGUGAACUUCUUCCCUUCCCUGUGUAGUCUUGAGAUGGACUUCAAAGAGGGAAGGAUAUCAACCGAAUGGGUUAAGAAGCCUCCAGAAGUUGUAUUGGCUUUGAACAGCGAAGAGACAAGACUGACUGGAAAGGAACCUGUGGAUCCAGUCAAAGACAAUUCGGUUGACGCAAAGAGUUCAACGACUUUUUCAAGACCAGUUUGCCAAAAGGAAAAGAGACUCGAAUCCUCAAAUAAUGUGGGAUAUCUCUUUGCCGCUGGUGAGCUGGAAGGUGGUCAGAGGCGAGCAACAGAUCCAAUCUGGUCUCUGAAGGUCCAUGAUAUCGAAAAAUCACUUGUGAAUGGAUGCGAGCCUGUACUCUACUAUCUGAAGGAUGGUCCAAAUCGUGGAUUUGUCAGAGAAGAGCUUCAGAUUGUUCCUCCUGGAACUGAGUUGCUUCCCUAAGGAAUUCUUUGAUUCGGAAAAAAACUAUCUAAAAUGAGUUUCUCAAUAGGCCCAAACCCUUCGAGGUGGGCCUUCGGCUACGCAAUCCUGAUGAAUUAGGUGUCAUACUCUUCUCAUUUACAAAGACGACACCACGACUUCUUUGCGAGAAGAUACAACAUUGAUGUUUGAAAAUCUUCACACAAACAAUCAACACCCCGAUGGUGUGACAGGAGAAUCAUUUAAGAGAAUCGUUCAGGAGAACCGUUUAAGAGAAUCGUUCAAGAGAACCGUUGAAGAGAAUCGUUUAAUAUCCACACCCCUCUUCAGAACUCACGAAUGAGACAUUGUGAAUGUUAUUCACCUGUGAAAAAUUCAAGUCGCCUUGACUGAAUCAAGGUUGAUUUGAAAAUGUGCAAAAGCUGUAUUUUUGAAAAUUAAAAUUGAUUUCAAGGUUGACUUGAAAUCAAGGUUAAAAUUCAUGGGUUGCCUUGUAAUCAAGGUUGUUUUCAAAAUGUGUCAGAAUCCCCCUUAUCUACUAGUCGUUGAUUAAGUCAUUUUCGUUUUAAAACUUUCCAGAAUAUUAUGCCGUAACUUUGCUAUGAACUCGGUUAUUGCUUACUCUUUAGUUCUUUAGUUCGAGUUGAAAUUAAGUGUGUAAUAUGCGUAAGAAUUUACAGCUAAGGUUCUAAUUGCUGUUGUUUCUUUUUUUUUUUUUUCAGAAAAUACUUUUUGAAGAAAAUACACCAAGUGACUCAAAAGCCAGACGAAAAAAAUGGCGAUCGCUUCUUAUUAAACCUUGAACUUGGCUCAAAGAACACCAGUCAAACAUUUAGGCUGUCGGAGCACAUUUACCAACCGAAAGGAAAUCACAAUUUGUGCCUUCCAGAUGGAUUGAACUGGAAUAAAAGCGCCAAGAUCUAUAUCGUUCUACCUGUCAAGGAACAAGGAAACUGGGUGCACUAUUUUAUUGAACAACUAACUUAUGCUAGCUUGGCAACUGGUGACAAUAACUUUCACGUCGUUGUAACUGAUUUUGAAAGUAAAGACAUUGAUAUAGCCAAGGCUUUCCAAACACCUUUACUUCACAGCAGGCAUAGUAUUGUUACACUAAAGGGUAAAUUCUACAAGACGCUGGCCCUAAACGUAGCCUGUCAGCUUGUUUCCAACCCAAACGAUAUAAUUUUUCUGUUUGACUUGCAUAUUGACAUGCCCGUGGAUCUUUUGGACCAUGUUCGAAUGGUAAGUACUUUCUUGCUUUUGUUUCUAUCGGUGAGUAAGGAUAUUUUCGAAUAUGCCUAAGCUAAAUCGGGGAAUAUGUAUAGGUAAUCACAUGAUUUUUUUUCUCAAGCAAUUUGGGAUAAAUCAGCACUAGUAAUUUUUUCACAGGCCAGCCAAACUGUACUCACCCUACGGGCUCUACGGACUCUACGGGCUAUACGGGCUCUACGGGUUGGUGCAAUUUUAUCAUCCUUUGAAAAAUUUACCUAUGCUGAUUUAUUCCAAAUUGCUCGAGAAAAAUCAUAUGAUUGCUACUUUAUAAUAUACAAUCAAAAAUUUGACUCUGUUUCCCUUUUUUUUUUUUAAAUUUCGUGUCAUGGCUCACCAGUUCGGCCGCUUGCCUUAGCAUUUUUUACUCGAGUAGUCGGACUUUUUCCACAAGAAUUUGCUUCAAACUUGUAAAACCUCUCUCGAGAAUAAUUAAACGUUUGUUUUCUUUCUCUGUAAGGUAUCAGUUGACAGCAGUAACCAUCACACAAAAGCUAUCGCGCUUGUGACCUUCCUCGUCUUUCGUACGAACUGUCGUGUAAGACUCCUCCAGUUCAUACCUUCAUAUCCGUUUUUGGAAGUCAGACUUUUAGCCAGUUGUUUUUCCUUUGUUGAGUGUUUUUCUUUUAGUAUUCUCCCUCAAACUCUGAAUUAAAACGUCGUUACUUUACGACAGAAUUCGAAAGCACCUGAGCAAUUUCACUGAAAAAUUAUUCGCCUCAGGCUCAGUGAAUUAUUCAACAAUAUUCACUUCAUCUUCGGCGAAUAAUUGUUAAAUAUAACUCAAGUGAUAUUUUACAUUUUCAAACCUUACUUCAACUAAGAUGAAAUCGUUUGCUUAAAGUUUGAUUCAAGAUGAGGGAGCGUUUAGCCUGCAAUGUUAGAGAAUAUGGAACAUUUUAGAUAUAUGAAAAUUCACAUAUUUGCACUGCGGUGGAAAGAUGAAAUUAGGAGAUCCUCGCAGCUAAGAACACUACUGAAACGAGUAGUUGUAAAUAGGACCUGAAAAAAAAAUUUCAGGCCCGGACGGGAUUUGAACCCAUGACCUCUGCGAUACCGGUGCAGCGCUCUACCAAUUGAGCUAACAAGCCAACUGGGAGCUGAUCAAUGAAUUGGGUCCAAAUAAACAUCCAAGUGAAUGAAGAUUUUAGAUAUAUGAAAAUUCACAUAUUUGCACUGCGGUGGAAAGAUGAAAUUAAUUAAUAUAUAAUUAUAAGAUAUAAUAUAAUUAUUUGGACCCAAUUCAUUGACCAGCUCCCAGUUGGCUUGUUAGCUCAAUUGGUAGAGCGCUGCACCGGUAUCGCAGAGGUCAUGGGUUCAAAUCCCGUACGGGCCUGAAAUUUUUUUUUUCAGGUCCUAUUUACAACUACUCGUUUCAGUAGUGUUCUUAGCUGCGAGGAUCUCCUAAUUUCAAUAUGGAACAUAUUUGUUUGUUCAUGAAGUCGUUCCACAGAACUAUGAAAAGUAAACAUCCCACGCAGCAAACAGUAAGCUGUUCGUAGACAUUUUUCCUGCGCGUUGCAAAAAUAUUUGAAGGAUACUAAACACAACAAUAGAGGCUGUUGACUAUUUUUGCUUGUGACUGUCUAAUAGCAUGAUAUCUAGAAAUUAAAGAAUCUGCAAUAGUUCUCAAUACCAACCCGAUUAAACUUUGACUUCUCCAUGUAAGAAAACAAAUUUUAAUCACAUGAGCCAGAAAUACAAAUCAUUCAGGUGUUCGCGUUUGCUUGUAACAUUGUGUAUUCCUCAAAACUUCGCUAUUGUACUAAAAGUUACGAGAAUGUAGGAUGUUAUUUGUAUUUGUAGAACACCAUUGCUGGUCGAUUGGCUUAUUUUCCAAUCGUUGGCCGACUGAAUUGUGGCAGUACUUCUGAAGAACAUCAAGGAUUUUGGCAAUGGAACGGGUUUGGAAUCGCGUCAAUGUAUAAAUCUGAUUGGGAGAGAUUUGGGGGUGAGUUCAAUUAAUAUCAUACGUCUUUUUAAAAUAAUUGAAAGUGCCGGCAGUUUAUUAUUUCAGUCGGUGGAGCACUGUGUUUCCAUGUAGAGGGGAGUGGGUUCGAGCUCCAGACCGCUCCAACACCUAGCAGUCGUGGGCACCAUCUUGCAAAAUGAAUGAGGAGAAGAUAAAAAACCCAUUAGGUUAUCUAAAAGACUGGAAUGCGAUGGUUUGGCCUUGUUCUUGGGGGUAUCUGCUAAAAGAUUCCUUUUAUUCUUUGUGAGCUGUUGAAUGCCGUCCAGUUGAAGCGUGCGCAGUGUUGUGAAGUGCAAAGAAAAGAAAUCCUCAAGUCUUCCUAAUCUGUUCAGUUAAUUUAAAAACUCCUGUUCUUCAUAACAAUUGAUAUUUUGCCUUCUGAAUGGACCGAAAUUGGAGAUCAAUUUGUCAUAAAACCUCUAUGACUAAAGGUGUGGUCAACAUAUUCCAUGUCUGAGAAAGAAGGUCGAAGCUCAUGGUAAGAGUCAAUUUCAAGUGUUAGCCUGAAGUCUACGAAAAGUUGUCAUUUUCAGUCGGCUUUGUAAUCCAAGUUAGUUCAGAACACAUUGAGGAUUGCGCGAGCUUUUCAAACCAAUCACAUGUCGAAAAUCAGUGAAAGCAAAGCAGUCUCGGAAUCCUGGAGCUCGUAGACGCGUUGAAAAUCGCUCUACUUUUUCCAUUUUGGUCUUUUAUAAUUUAACAAUGCGUAUAGUCCGUUUUUUAUGACGUAGAGGAACGUCUCCGAACGUUGUAGUGUAAUUUCUGUGAGGAAUUUCUUCAUUGUCUUUGCUAGGGAUGAAUGCUCAGGAAUACAAGUACAAUUGGGGUGGGGAAGACUGGGACCUUCUUGACCGCGUGAUGCAGUUACCCUUGGAAGUGGAGCGGAUCAGGCACCCAGGCCUCUAUCAUCAUUAUCAUAAAAAAAAGGCAAAGUGGAAUUAGAGUGGGAUUAGUGAGAUGAGUCUAGAAACAUUAGUUAGGUUAAAAGUUACGAUCCCAGAGAUCUAAAAAAAUAUACAUUUUUCAACUCUUUGCCGUAAUUAACCAGGCCUCUAUCAUCAUUAUCAUAAAAAAAAAGGCAAAGUGGAAUUAGAGUGGGAUUAGUGAGAUGAGUCUAGAAACAUUAGUUAGAUUAAAAGUUAGGAUCCGAGAGAUCUAAAAAAAUAUACAUUUUUCAACUCUUUGCCGUAAUUAACCAGGCAGAUUAACAGUAGGGUAUUAAAACGUCGGAAAAGCUAAUAGCGGACGUAAUCUCUACCUUUUUUUAUGUUUAAUCAUCUGAUUUUGUUUUGCUGUUAUUUGUCGUUCUUUUUUGUAGAUUGUGUUAACUUUGACUAAGAAUUCGUAUAAUAUUAGAUUUUUAUCUUUCACUAUUUGCAUUCGUGAAUAAAGAAUUUUGCUAUGGGUAUCAAAUAAUUUAAGAAAACGUUGAUCUAAGGUUGCACUAACAGGCACCAGGACGAAAAAUAACAAAACAAGUCGAUGGAUGGAGGAUGUUUUUGUGUUUACGAAAUAAAAAUGUGUGAAAAAAGUUGAUGUUAGCGCGCCGCGUGGAAUAUUUUUGACUCGCGCAACGGACUCGAAAAGGAAGGGCGGCUCGCAUCUCAUUCCAUUAUCAAAACCCCCAUAGUCUCUCA